AUGCGUGCCACGCUCGUUGCGGCCACGACCCUGGUCUCAGGUGUCGUGGCAAAGAAGGAAUACUGCACCAAGACCAUCAAGAAGGAUGUGGCUAUCAUUGGCGGUGGUGCUUCGGGCUCUCAUGCCGCUGUCUGGCUGCGCGACCACGGCCGCACCAACGUUGUCAUUGAGAAGGCUGAGCAACUCGGUGGCCACACAGACUUUUACAAGGACCCCGUCUCUGGCCUGGAUAUCAAUGUCGGUGUCCAAGGGUGGAUGGAGUAUGGGAACGGCUACAACUUCCCCCAUCGCAUGGGCAUCCCGACGACCGGCUCCAUGUCCUUCACGCCCAACGAGAACUACUUUGUCGACUUUGAGUCAGGCGAGCCCGUCGAGGGCUACCAGGCCCCUGCUCCCGACGCCAUGGUCGCUGCUCUCCAGACGUAUCUCGAGGUCCUCUACAAGUACGAGGACUACAUCCUCCCUGGCUUCGAGAACUUCCCGGACCCUGACGCCAUCCCAGAGGACCUGACCAUGCCCUUUGGCGACUUUGUCGCCAAGUACAGCAUCGAGGCCGGUGUCCCCCAGAUUUGGGAUGCUACCGCCCAGGGUCUCGGCAACACCAUGGACGUCGCCACCAUGUUUGUCAUGCAGGCUUCCGGCGUCCCCAUGAUCGAGGCGUUCCUCGGCACCGCGCAGUCCGCACUCCCGCCGUCCGGCCGUCUGUAUGACUUGUACGACGCCGUGGCCGACUUCCUCGACGAGGACGUCUUGUACAACAGCACCGUUGUCAAGGCCACCCGCGAGAAGGGCAAGAAAAUCAGCCUCCAGGUCCAAGACCACGGUGACGACAGUAUCACCUGCGUCGAGGCCAAGCGCCUUCUCAUCGCCAUCCAGCCGACCAUGGGCGCCAUGAAGGCUUUCGACCUUGAUCAGCAGGAGACCGACGUUUUCAACAAGUUCGGCUACGCCACCGUCUACGCUGGUGUCAUCCGCCACCCCUCCCUCCAGCCCAGCAAUGCCUAUUCCCACCGUCUUCCCGGCCCUGCCUCCCUUAAUUAUACCGCCUGGCCUGUGGCUGCGCAGGUCGGUCGCAUGGACUACCUCGGGGGCACAGAGGACCUAUACCAGUUCACCGCCGUCGGCACCGACCAGGACACCCCCGAGAGCAUGAAGGCGCUCAUCGCCGAGUCCAUCGACACCAUGAUCGCCGCUGGCACCAUCCCCGCGUCAGACGGCGAGGUCACGUUUGAGGCAUUUGCCGACCAUGGCCUGAUGCACCCCCGCGUCUCUGCCGAAGAGCUCUACGAUGGUUUUAUCCAGAAGCAGGUCGCUCUCCAGGGGCACCGUGAUACCUGGUACACUGGUGCAGCCUUUUCCGCCGGCUUCUCGGCCGUGGUGUGGGAGUAUAAUGAGAAGGUCCUGCCUGAUCUUGUCAAGGGGUCUUACUAA